AUAUAGCCUCACUCUUGCACUGAAUCUCUCCUCUUUCGACCGCCAGCGUCUCAGGAACCGGUGCUGCUACCAUGGAGAACGUGGAAAUAUUUAACACAGCUGAAAAGGGGAGGGGUCUGAAGGCUACCAAGGAGUUUUGGGCUGGAGAUGUCAUUUUUUCUGAACCUGGUCUUUCAGCUGUUGUGUUUGACAGUCUGGCAGAGAAUAUUUGCCACAGCUGUUUCCGCAGACAAGACAAGCUCCACAGGUGCGGCCAGUGCAAAUUCGCUCAUUACUGUGAUCGAACCUGCCAGCGGGCUGGCUGGGCUGAACACAAGCAAGAAUGUGGUGCCAUCAAAGCUUACGGCAAGGCACCCAAUGAGAGCAUCCGUUUGGUGGCUCGCAUCAUGUGGCGCCUGGACAAGGAGGGCAGCAUCGUAUCUGACAUGCAGCUGACCACACUGGACGAACUGGAGGACCACAUUACUGACAUGCAGGAGGAUGAGCUGAAGGAAUUGAAAGUGGACAUCCACAAUUUCCUGGAGUACUGGCCUCGUGGCUGCAAGCAGCACACGCUUGACGCUGUCUCUCAUAUGUUUGGAGUGGUUAACUGCAACGGCUUUAGUGUGAGCGACCAAAGGGGACUUCAGGCGAUCGGAGUGGGUAUCUUCCCGAAUCUGUGUCUCGUGAAUCAUGACUGCUGGCCAAACUGUACUGUCAUCCUCAACCAUGGAAAGAUUGAGCUGCGUGCUAUGGGUAAGAUUGAAGAGGGAGAUGAGCUGACAGUGGCGUAUGUAGACUUCUUGAAUUUGACUGAGGAGAGACAAAGACACCUGAAAGCACAAUACUUCUUUGAAUGUACAUGUGAACACUGCAAGAACCACAUCAAAGAUGACUUAAAACUGGCGGGAAAGGAAGUGGAUGGAGUCAAGCCUUCAGAGGAGCAGGUAAAAGAGGCAACAGAUUUUUGCUGGAAAAUGCUGGAGAAGAUGGAAGAGGCUCGUUUAAAGGGCGAUUACCAUGAGGUGGUAAAAACCUGCAGAGAGUGCAUAGAGAAAACAGACCCGGUCUUGGCUGACACUCACAUCUACCUGCUGAGGAUGUGGAGCACAUUAAGUGAAGUGCAAGCCUACUUGCAGUACUUCGACGAUGCUGCAGAUUACGCCCGCAAAAUGGUGGAGGGUUACAUUAAGCUGUACAACCCAAACAACGCUGCUCUUGGCAUGGCUGCUAUGCGAGCAGGAGUCACCCACUGGCAGGCUGGGCAGAUAGAAGUUGCUCACGGGAUGAUCUGCAAGGCCUAUGCCAUUAUCAUGGUCACCCACGGCCCAACACAUCCCAUCACCAAGGACCUUGAAGCUAUGCGCGUACAGACAGAGAUGGAGCUGAGGAUGUUUAAGCAGAACGAAUACGUUUACCACAGUAUGAGAGAGGCAGCCCUGAAGAACAAACCAAUGACCAUGCUGCAUGAACCCAAGUCUGUGGAGGAUGGAAUCAAGAACCUCUUCCACCGAAGGAAGUAAUUGCUGGACUGCAGACAUUGUUUACCAUAAACAGUUUUGAGUAUUGGUGUGUGAAUCUAACCAUAUACUGUAGUCACAUGAUUUUCUGUAUCACUUGCUUUUCUUAUACUUUCCACUAAUAAGAUGUCACACCAAACUUGUGCUUUUAAUACUCUUAUUACAAUGAACAGAAAUUAAUCAUUACAUUUGAAGAACCUCAAGCCCAGCUGGGCCCAGUGUUAUUGCAGACUUAAAAAAAAAAAAAAAAGGGAGACAAGCAAUGCUUGCAAGGGACUUAUAGGGACAGGUACUACCCCUUUGAUUGGGUAGUGGCUAACAUUUGUCUCCAGGGUGUCAAGGUGAAGCCAUGAAGAGGCAAACCAAUAUAAAAACCUGUCAGCACUCUACAUGUACUCAGAACUUGAGUUACAUCCAUGUUACUGUUUUAGGCACGCUCUACCCUCAAAUGAAUCUCAAUUAUGUUAUUGCCUAGAACUAACCAAUGUUCUGAAUGCCAUUACACAACCAAAAAUUAUAGUUAGCACACUGAUUUUUUGAAAUAGUAAUCGUUUGUUAUAGGCAUGUUUGAAAGAGGCAAUUCCACAACCCAAUAAACCAUGCUGUCAUUGCUAAUGUUUACAUGGUAUCAUGCUCAGUGACAAUGCUAACAGGUUGUUCAGGCGCUACAUUUGCUGAAGCCAAAGUUGGUCACUUUGUUAUUUUCCCAUAAACCAGAGUAUUGGACUAAUUGAAAGAAAAAAGGGGGCCAGUAAUGUGUUCACAGGAACCCUCAAAAGAGUGGUAAAACCUGUGAUGCUAAAAACCAAGAAUUUCAGCCUCAUGGUAGCACUAGAGGAAAAGUCUGAGUUGCAUUGUAGUCAGUGGGAACACAUCUAUACAAAAACCUAUGACAAAUCCAUGUCGAGGUCUGGAUUUCACAUAUUGGUGGCACCAGAAGAAAUGCCAGGGGCCGUUGUCAGUGGCGUUCAAGCACUAAAGGAUAUUUGUGCAUUGUUUUAAAUGGCAACCCAGUCAUUCUGGAGUGAGUGGUGUACUGAUAUUGUCAUCCCUUGUAUGGCUUAAAAUUAAAGUUAUCAGUCCCC